GCAUAUUUGAGUGAAAGAGAGCAGUGCCUCACUCUGUGAUACCAUGUGAAAUGUUCACAUUGGACAAUCAGGAGUCACAUGCAGAGGAUAUAGUCGAUGAAUACACGCAAGAAGGGACCUCUUACAGCCUGCUGUCCCAAACAAUGAACUAUGUCGGGCAACUAGCUGGGCAUGUCCUGGUUACAGUGAGGGAAUUGUACAAAGGCAUCAACCAGGCUACCCUGUCCGGCUGCAUUGACGUUAUAGUGGUUCGUCAGCGGGAUGGCACCUACCUGUGCUCUCCAUUUCAUGUGCGAUUCGGGAAGCUCGGAGUUCUACGUUCAAAGGAGAAAGUGAUUGAUAUUGAAAUCAAUGGAACCCAAGUAGAUUUGCAUAUGAAACUCGGUGACAAUGGAGAAGCCUUCUUUGUGCAGGAAACAGAAGAAGAAAGUGAACAAGUCCCGGCAUAUCUGGCUACCUCCCCUAUCCCUACAAUUGAUCAGGUGUUCAAGAAUUCCAGUUCUCAUUUGCCAACCUCAUGUGAAGAGGAAAUAAGCACUUUGCUGUCGCACACGUUGGACUUAGAAAAUGUGUGUAUAAGCUCUGUAAAAAAGAAAAAGAGGAGACGAAGGAAAAUGAAACAUGAGAAGAAGGAAGAUGUUCCUGUUGUGUCUGGGAUUGAGGAAAUGAUGGAAAUGGACUUGAGCUCUGAUGGAGAAAACUUGAUUCAGCCCCCACGGUCCUCUUCAAACACAGCCUUAAGGGAGGAGGAAUACAAGGAGUCUUUCUGCCAUAGUUCAGAUCAUUAUGCCCUCUCUGAUGGAGACUGGUCUCCCCUGGACAGCAGCUUUUCCCAAUCCACUGGUCCUAAAAGUGACUCUGAACUGGAGGUGAAGGCUGGAGAGAGCAUCCUUCGAAAUGAGCCUCAGAUGAAGUGGACAUGGGGUGAAUUUCCUGAGUCAACCAAGGUGUCCAAGAAAGAACGAACAGACCAUCUAAGGACUGCUACAAUCACACCUUCUGAGAAUACUCAUUUCAGGGUGAUCAGUUCAGAGGCAUUAGUUGGAGAAGCAGAUGAAGUAUCUAUGGAAGGCUCUGUUUGCACUGUGCUGAAGCCAGAGCCUCGACCUUGUUCUAUAGGUGUCCUUAUGGAUACAGAUCAGCCACCUGAGCCUGUCACUGAAAGUGGCAUAAGCUCCCCAUUUGUACCAGAGGAAAACUUCUCUCAGGACAGUAUACAAAAUUUGCCAGAAUUGAAACCUUCCUUAAAAACAGACUCCCCAUCAAAGAAAAAAGGUGUACGAAAAAGAAGCCAACAUCAGGGGCCAGGUGAUAUAUAUCUAGAUGAUUUAAACAUCUUGGAGCCUGAAGUAGCAGCUCUGUAUUUUCCCAAAAGUGAAUCAGAUCCUGGUUCAAGACAGUGGAUUGAAUGUGACCCUUUGUCUGGCUCUCAGUCUCCUCAGUCAGUGGGAAGUGCUGCUGCAGACAGUGGAACAGAGUGCCUAUCCGAUUCUCCCAUGGAUCUGCCUGAUGUCACACUGUCACUGUGUGGAGGUCUCAGUGAGAAUGGAGAAAUAUCCAAAGAAAAAUUCAAGGAACACGUUAUUACUUACCAACAGUUUUCAGAGAACCCAGGGAUUAUUGACAACCCUAACUUGGUAGUGCGGAUUUAUAAUAGAUACUACAAUUGGGUGUUGGCUGCUCCCAUGAUCCUAAGUUUGCAGGUGUUCCAGAAAAACUUACCAAAGGAUACCAUAGAAACAUGGGUAAAAGAAAAAAUGCCAAAGAAAUCUGCAAGAUGGUGGUUCUGGCGAAAGAAAGAAAAUAUGGUAACGCAGCCUGACUCAAAGGAGGAUAAACUGGGUGCAGAACCAAGCAACGAGCAAACAUCUGAAACAAUGGAGCAGCCCAAUAUAAGGCCGCCAGCUGAUGACAAUUCUUCAAGUGACGAGGAAUCAUUGGAACUGAAACAAAUACAAACAGAAUUUUCAUCUACAGAACAUCAGAGCCAUGGAAGCACCACAGCCUACAAGAAAACACUUCGCCUGUCCUCUGACAAAAUAGAAAAAUUGAAUUUAAGGGAUGGUCCCAAUGAUGUUGUAUUUAGCAUUACAACCCAGUAUCAAGGUACAUGCCGGUGUGAAGCAACCAUCUAUCUGUGGAACUGGAAUGACAAAAUAAUCAUUUCGGACAUUGAUGGGACAAUUACAAAGUCCGAUGCCUUAGGACAGAUUUUACCACAACUUGGAAAAGACUGGACACAUCAAGGCAUUGCAAAACUUUACCACACUAUACACGAGAAUGGAUACAAAUUUCUCUAUUGCUCAGCUCGUGCCAUUGGGAUGGCAGAUAUGACCAGAGGGUAUUUGCACUGGGUGAAUGACAAAGGCACUAUACUUCCUAGAGGACCAUUGCUGCUGUCUCCAAGCAGCCUCUUCUCAGCAUUCCACAGGGAAGUUAUUGAAAAGAAGCCUGAGAAGUUCAAGAUUGAGUGCCUCAAUGACAUUAAAAACUUGUUUGCUCCUAACCGGCAACCAUUUUAUGCUGCUUUCGGAAAUAGACCGAAUGAUGUGUUUGCUUAUAUGAAAGUAGGAGUACCAGACUGCCGAAUAUUUACUGUGAACCCAAAAGGAGAGCUGAUACAGGAGAGAACCAAGGGGAACAAGACAUCGUAUAGCCGAUUAAGUGAGUUGGUGGAACAUGUCUUUCCGUUGCUGGAUAAAGAACAGAACUCUGCUUUCUUGUGCCCUGAUUUCAGUUCUUUCUGUUACUGGAGAGAACCCGUGCCAGAAUUAAACAUGGCUGACUUGACGUAACUUCUUUAAUAAACUGUUGUGGAACUGUUGGGUGCAAUCAUUUCUGCCGACAGUUUCGUACCCGGAGUAUUACUGCUGUGAAUACCAGGCAUUUACGGGAAUGCCUCUUUCAAGCAUUGUUUUACAUUCAGUUUGUAAUUUAUAGCCAGUAAACAUAUUGCAUACUUUUGCUAUAUUCAGGGAAACAUGUAAAAUGUCAUUUUAUUUUAGUAAAAUAUCUUAAUUCAUUGUAAAUGGGUUUUUUUGUGAAUGAUGUGAAACCUAUUUUAAUCUUUCAAAGCAAAUUAAUAACUACCACUGUUUAAUGCAGGGAUGUCACAAUCACCACCUCCUGCUGCUGUCAGCUACUUCAGUCCAUUCUGGGAGUUGUAGUUUGCUCCAGCUGGAGGGUAUCAUGGCUGACAACCUUGGGGGAUAUUUUCUCAUUAUGUUUGCUCAGUUAUGAUCAACCUUUUUCAAGCUGGGGGUGUCUGCUGCGCAUUGCAGGGCAAUAUGUUGCAGAUCUCCCAACUCAUAAAGACUUUUGUAUAUAGUAGGAGAAAAAAAAUAGUACUUCCUGUUCAUUUCUCUUAUGUUUUUUGUUUUCGUUAACUCUCUGUGACAAUGUGCAAAUAUACAAUAUGGUAAUUUAUUUUACAUGCAGUUUUGCAUUUCAAGCUACUCAAACAUGCUUUAUUAUUAUAGAGCACUUUCAUUUUAGGAUCCUGUUUAGUUCACUCUAGACAGAAGUCUAUAAAAUAAUUUUCUUUCCAAACAGUUUGCUUCAUGCCAAGUCUUUUGCUUAUGCCGAUAACCUUGCUUUCACUUUCCAUCCCAUGGUAACAAAUUCCAAUAGAUUUUCUUAUUGUCAUUUUAAACACUGGCCUUUCCCCUGUGUAAGGAAGGUGCUUCCUUAUCAUGUGUGCUAGCUAUCAGAAUCAGCCAGCUAAUAUUCAUUCAGCCAAAGCUUGAUAUUCCUCUGAGCGACACAAUCUCUCUGUCUCUGGUAAGAUAAGAGCCCAAGUAUUACAGGUAUCGUGCAAUGUAUAAAUCCAGCAUUAACUAAAGGUGUUUGUGUUUUAAGAGAUGAAGCAAGUAUUUAUUUGUAGUAUAUAAAACACUCUCCAAAUAAAGUGUUGAAGUAUUUUACCUAA